GAGAAUGGCAGCAUAUAGCAGCUAGCAACGUGUUGAGUUUAGUUAAGUCCCAUAUCGAUAGUUUCCAUGGCUAAAUUGUUCAAAGCGUUUUUCUUCAAGUCUUUUUUCUUUUUCUGGUACCGUUUUCUCUUUAUACAAUUCAAGAAUCUCAUUCGUUUCUACAGAACAAUUAGCAAUUCUUUUUCGGGUGCAACACAGUUUAAAUAUCCCAAAUUCUCCUCUCUCCUUCACAGAUCAGACCUCAACGAUCACACGUUGGUGUUUGAUGUGGAAAAUGCUUUGUUGAAAUCCUCUUCUCUGUUUCCAUAUUUCAUGCUAGUGGCCUUUGAAGCAGGAGGACUCCUCAGGGCCAUAGUUUUGGUUCUUCUAUACCCUUUUGUUUGUGUAGUAGGAAACGAGAUGGGGUUGAAGAUAAUGGUGAUGACAUGCUUCUUGGGGAUCAAAGCAUCAAGCUUCAGAGUGGGACGGUCCGUGCUGCCAAAAUUCUUGUUGGAAGACGUUGGUGCUGAAAUGUUUGAGACACUCAAAAAAGGAGGGAAGCAAGUGGGUGUGAGCAGACUCCCUCGAGUGAUGGUGGAAAGCUUCUUGAGAGAAUACCUGGAGUUUGAUUUCGUCGUAGGAAGAGAGCUCAAAAUGUUCUGUGGAUACUACCUGGGUCUGAUGGACAACAACAAAACUUCGCAUGUCUUAGACCUAGUUAAAGAAGGAAAAGGAUGUUCUGAUAUGAUCGGAAUUACAAGUCACAACAACCCUCGGGACCAUGAAUUUUUCUCUCACUGCAAGGAAGUGGUGGUGGUGUCAGAAGCAGACAAGAGAAGCUGGCAAAAGCUCGGAAGGGAGAGAUACCCGAGACCCGUUAUUUUUCAUGAUGGAAGAUUAGCACUCAGACCCACACCAAUGGACUCCAUAGCAAUCCUCAUGUGGCUCCCCUACGGUUUUAUCCUCUCUGUUAUUCGCAUUUUCUUAGCCGUCUCACUCCCAUUUAACAUGGCAACACCCUUGUUGGUCAGCACUGGCCUACGUCUCACAAUAUCUGCACCCACACGCCCCCACCAUAAUAAUAGUAAUAAGAAUAAUAAUAUCUACGUGUGUAACCACAGAACCUUGCUAGACCCUCUCUACAUCUCUUUCUCCCUGCAAAGGAACUUGAGUGCAGUGACAUACAGUCUAAGCAGGAUGUCUGAGGUGCUGUCUCCAAUCAAAACGGUGCGGUUAACGAGAAACCGCAACGAGGAUGCCAAAAUGAUGAAACACUUGCUGGGUCAAGGUGACCUAGUGGUGUGUCCGGAGGGGACCACUUGUAGAGAACCCUAUUUAUUGAGGUUCAGCCCUCUGUUCUCAGAAAUGUGCGAUGAAAUCGUGCCGGUCGCAAUUGAUACCCACGUUACUAUGUUCCACGGAACCACUGCUGGAGGACUCAAAUGCUUGGACCCAUUCUUCUUUCUCAUGAAUCCCUCUCCUGUAUACACUGUUCAACUUCUGCACCAUGUCUUCCCUUCACACUUUUCUCACACGACCACCACCCACGUUGACCAAGGUUCCAAAUUUCAAGUGGCUAAUCAGGUUCAAUCUCAAAUUGGAACCGCGUUGGGAUUUAACUGCACCAGACUCACCCGCAAGGACAAGUACUUGAUGUUGGCCGGUAAUGAAGGCACUGUUUCUAACCCUGCCGGUGCCGCAAAGAAUAACUCCCAGUAACGGACACUUUACCGUUGUUCUUUGUAAAAUCGCCAACGACUCUCAGCUGUCAUGAAAAUGACCACAUAUGUAUAAAAAAGAAAAAUUUAAUUCGACCUAUUCCUUUCUAUUGA